GGACAGGGGCAAUGUCAGGGCAUUAGAAUGCCCCUCCCUGAGCAUAAAUAAGUGUGGGCGCCUCCGCAGUGUGUGUGUGUGCGCGUGUGAAUAUCGUCUGCCUACGUGACAGCAGCACACGCCCGCUUGUGUUCGCGUGUGAGCACUCGAGGGAGGGCACUGUUAAUUGUUAAAGGUUAAACGUUCAAAAAUAUCGGCCGCUUAUUUAACUCAGUUUUCUUUGGCCGACGUUAGGUGGUGUAAAACAUUUUUUUUACUUUUCGCAACACGUUAAAGUGGACAAGUUUUUUUAUACUUUUUUAUAUUUGUUGAGUAUAUUUAUUUUGCACUCCACCACCAAGUGCAUCCGUUCUCAGCGUGGGUGCUGUCGGUGUUUGACUUCGUCUUCACGUUUCAGUUUCGCGUUCGUCUUGAGAAAAUGGCCCUCCUGAGUGGUGCUGAUGCCAGUGCCACCCUCCUUGGCCUGUGACAAGAUGGCGUCUGUACGGCAGACACGCGUCCUCACCCUCAACGCCAUGGAUAACCUGGAGCGCACGCUCUACCGCGUCAAGAAGGGCUUUGAGCUGCAGUUCCGGCUGGGCCCAAGCCUGCAGGCCUUCCCUGUGACCGUCUACACAAACUACCCCGAAGAGGGGGCCGCGUUUGAGAGGGCCCGCUUCCGUGAGCUGCCAUGGAAGCACACAGGAGUUGUGGGACAGUCGGACGCAUUCUGCUCCAUCAAACCCCACAUGUCCGGAACAUACGAGUUCCACUACGUCUACGGGGCGGGCGUGAAAGCACGCGGUUACCUCAUCGUCGACCCCGAGCUUGCGGUGGGGCCUAGCGACUCUCAGCGCACCCUGCCCCUCGACUGCAUUGCCCUCCACACUGUUCUCGCCAAGUGCCUGGGCCCCUUCAGCCAAUGGGAGAGCAAGCUGCAGGUCGCCAAGGAGACAGGCUACAACAUGAUCCACUUCACGCCACUGCAGGAGCUGGGCGAGUCACGCUCGUGCUACUCGCUCGCCAACCAGCUCCGCCUGAACCCCGACUUCACGGAGCUCGCGGGGACACCAGGAUUACCUCGGUCGCCAGGGUCACAGGCCAAGGGGCACGCACCCAGCUGGGAUGAUGUAGGGGCGCUCGUGGAGGCCAUGAGGAGAGACUGGGGGGUCUUGAGCAUCAGCGACGUUGUCUACAACCACACAGCCAGUAAUAGUGACUGGAUCGGAGAUCAUCCGGAGUGCGGAUACAACCUCUUAAACUCCCCACACCUGCGUCCGGCCUUUGUGCUCGACCGCGCGCUCUGGCACCUCUCCGUUGAGGUGGCUGCCGGGGCCUGGACCAGGAAAGGCCUGCCGCCCUCCAUCACCACCGAUGCACACCUCCACGCCAUACGGGAGGUAAUCUAUGAGGACGUGUAUCCGCGGAUUAAGCUGUGGGAGUUUUUCCAAGUCGACUACACCACUGCACUGGAGGCAUUCGGCAAGAAAAUCAGCGCAGACAAGGGCAUGAAGGCGGACGGAGAGCACUCUGCGGAGGAGCUGAAGAUCAUCCAGGACCCCGCGUUCCGCCGCCUCGGCUGCACAGUCGACCUCAACCUCGCGCUCAAACUCUGCCCCCGGAGAAGUGAUGGUACUGUGAGUGAUGACGGAUGCCGUUGGCUGAGAUCUCGCCUCGAGGCAUUGAACUCCGAGGCUCGGCUUCUCGUGGAAAAUCAUCAAGCACAGGCGGUGAACUGCAUCUUGGGAACAGUUCGGUACGAGCGAAUGGCGGAGCAGGGCCCCAAGCUCGGAGCCAUCACACGCAAGCACCCGCUCGUGACCCAGUACUUCAUGUUCCCGAUGAAGGAUGAGUUUCUGCUGGGGGAGGAGGAGGAGAUGAUGUUCGACCCCAAAACAUCGUGCCGCUUCCUCGCCUUCAACGGCUGGGUCAUGGGCGACGACCCCCUCCGCAACUUUGCUGAGCCAGGCUCUAACGUGUACAUCAGACGGGAGCUUGUUUGCUGGGGUGACAGUGUGAAGCUGCGCUACGGACGCGGCCCCAGCGACUGCCCCUUCUUGUGGGCGCACAUGCGCGCGUACACGGAGCUCACGGCAAAAACCUUCCAUGGCAUGAGGCUCGACAACUGCCACUCGACACCCCUACAUGUCGCAGAGUACAUGAUGGACGCGGCCCGCAGCGUCCGCUCGGACCUCUUCCUCCUGGCCGAGCUUUUCACCGGCAGUGAGGACCUCGAUAACGUCUUCGUCACGAGACUCGGCAUCACGUCCCUUGUCCGAGAGGCCUUGAGCGCCGGCAACAGCCAUGAGGAGGGGCGCCUCGUCUACCGCUACGGCGGCGACCCCGUGGGCUCCUUCAUCCAGCCGGGGUUCCGUCCGCUCACCCCCGGCAUUGCCCACGCCGUCUUCAUGGACAUCACCCACGACAACGAGUGCCCCAUCCAGCUGCGUUCCGUCUACGACUCGUUUGCCAGCGCUGCCAUUGUCGCCAUGGCCAACUGCGCCACUGGGAGCACGAGGGGCUACGAUGAGCUGGUCCCCCACCAGGUGUCGGUAGUGUCGGAGGAGCGGCUGUACGCGUCAUGGGAGGCUGCGUGUGACCCCGCCUCCCCCGGGACUGUGGGGUUUAACUCGGGGAUCCUGGCUGGGAAACUGGCUCUGAAUCAGCUCCACCACCAGCUCGGGCUUCAUGGCUUCUCCCAGGUAUACGUAGACCAGGUGGAUGCGGACAUCGUGUCGGUGACACGGCACUGUCCGCACACGCACCAGUCGGUGGUGUCAGUGGCGCGCACGGCGUUCCGCGACCCCGAGAGUGCGCACUACCCCCGCGACGUGCCCUCCAUGUGCAUCCCGGGUAAGAUCGAGGAGAUCGUGCUGGAGGCUCGCACCAUCACUCGCAAGGGCCACGAGUUCGUUAAGAGCAACAAAUUCAUCAAUGGCCUCCUCCGCUACACGGUGGACAUCACCCAGCACAUCCAGCUCAAGGAGAGCGAGAUGGUGGAGCUCUCCCAGGCUGGCUCGGGCAAGGGUGGCGCCUACGUGCAGGAGAUAGAGUUCGUCACCUUCCCUCCCGGCAGCGUCAUUGUUUUCAGGGUGAGUCUGGACCCUGAAGCCCAGGCGGCCGUCUCGUCUCUGCGUGCUCACCUCGUGCAGUUCAGCCCACACUUCCGCAAGGGGAGUUCCAGUCCCGUUGAAGGUCACCCACCCUUGACGGCCAUGAACUUCAGCGCCCUCGUGUCUCAGCUGUCCCUGGCCGACAUGAACAUCCUCCUGUACCGCUGUGACGCCGAGGAGAAGGAGGAUGGAGGCGGCGUCUACAACAUUCCCGGGAUCGGGGGCCUCACCUACGCUGGCCUGCAAGGCUUUAUGUCCAUCCUGGCUGAGAUUCGUUCGCGGAACGACCUCGGCCACCCGUUCUGUGACAACCUUCGUGCGGGUGACUGGAUGCUGGACUACAUCAGUGGGCGACUCCUGUCCAAGGACGGGCCCCUCGUCGAGGUGGGACGCUGGUUCCAGACGAUGUUUGCACUGCUGAGGAGGAUCCCGCGGUACCUGGUCCCAUGCUACUUUGACGCCAUCAUGCUGGGGGCCUACACCACAACGCUGGACACCGUGUGGGAGAAGAUGUCUCCCUUCGUGAAGCAGGGCUCGUCAUUCGUGCGGGAGCUCGCCCUGGGCUCGGUGCAGCUCUGUGGCGUUGGCCACGUGCCCGCGCUGCCGCCGCUGUCGCCACUGCUCGGGGACGUCCCCACGCGCACACAGGCGGACACGGGGAGACGGGAGCAGUGCUGCAUCUCCAUUGCUGCAGGUCUUCCUCACUUCACAACGGGGAUUUUCCGCUGCUGGGGCAGAGACACGUUCAUCGCUCUCAGGGGACUCCUGCUGCUCACGGGGAGAUUCAUUGAGGCCAGGAACAUCAUUCUCGCUUUUGCCGGGACCCUGAGACACGGCCUCAUCCCCAACCUCCUGGGCCAGGGAGUGCACGCGCGCUACAACUGCCGCGACGCCGUGUGGUGGUGGCUGCAGUGUGUGCAGGAUUACUGUGUGCUGGCCGACAAGGGGAGGGAGAUCUUGGCUCUGCCCGUCUCACGGAUAUUUCCCACGGAUGACUCCGACCCACAGCCGCCAGGAGCUGUGGAUCAGCCGCUGUAUGAGGUGAUCCAGGAGGCCAUGCAGAGACACGCACAGGGCAUUGCGUUCAGAGAGAGAAACGCGGGGCCAAACCUGGACCGCUGCAUGAAGGAGGAGGGGUUCUACGUCUCUGUGGGAGUUGACCUGAAGACGGGCUUCGUGUACGGCGGAAAUCGCUACAACUGUGGCACAUGGAUGGACAAGAUGGGAGAGAGUGAGCGGGCGGGAAACCGGGGCCUGCCAGCCACACCACGGGAUGGCUCUGCGGUGGAGAUCGUGGGUCUCUGCCGCUCGGCCGUGCGGUGGCUGUCCGAGUUGCACAGGAAGGGCGCCUUUCCCUACGACGGCGUCAGCAUCGACGUCGAUGGUACGGUGUCACACCUGUCGUACACGGACUGGGCGGACCGGAUCCUCCGCUCCUUUGAGCCCAAGUUCUACGUCCACGACAAGAGCGACUCCCAGAGCCAGGACCCCCACCCCGAGCUCGUGCAUAAGACGGGCAUCUACAAGGACAGCUAUGGGGCCUCGCAGCCCUGGUGCGACUAUCAGCUCAGGCCCAACCUCACCGUCGCCAUGGUGGUGGCUCCUGAACUCUUCACCCCAGAGAAAGCCUGGAAAACACUUGAAAUUAUCGAGAAAAAACUUCUCGGCCCGCUCGGCAUGAAGACACUGGACCCAGAUGAUAUGGUUUACAAUGGAGUCUAUAACAAUGCCGAUGAUGGAACCGACUUCAACAAAGCCAAGGGAUUCAACUACCACCAGGGACCGGAGUGGCUCUGGCCUGUGGGCUACUUCCUCCGUGCAAAACUUCUCUUCUGUCGCUUCAUGAGCGAAGAGAUCCAGAAGGAGACGAUUGCUCUCGUCAAGAAAAUACUGGCAGCUCAUCAGACUCACCUUGAGAGGUCCCCCUGGAAGGGUCUCCCUGAGCUCACCGACGCCUCGGGCCGCCACUGCCCAUUCAGCUGCGAGAGCCAGGCCUGGAGCCACGCCGUCAUCAUCGACGCCGUGCAUGCCCUCACCGGGGGCAUGGUCGCAUAGGCGUGCCUUCUGUACGGAGGCAGGGAUGCCUAGGCAUGCCCUCGCCGAGGGCAUGGUCGCCUAGGCGUGCCCUCCGUUGGGAGGCAGGGCCACCGAGGCAUGCCCCUCACUGUACGUGCGGGUCCCUCGGUGGCCCUGUCACGUCUGGCGAGGUUGACUCAAGUGCAUUCGCGAGGGCCGUGGCCCAUUAAAGUGUAUUACCACAAACAAGGUGGCUUAGCGCAUGUCCCUCCAUCGUGGGCAAUUGCAAGGGGCUUGGCCCACUGAAGUGUAUUACAAAGGGACGGUUGAUUGUCGUGUAUCAGAGGGGCAAGGCCUAUUGAAAUGCAUUAUAUGGGCGUCGUUCAUUGAGGUGCUUUAGAGGGGGCAUGGCUGCAUAGGCUGUGCCCUUAGUAGGGUCAAGAGCAGCUAAGGGCUGUCCUAUUAAAGGCAUAGCCCAUUGCCACAUGUUUCACGUGGCCAUUGAAGCAUUACAGGGAAGGAGGGCUCAUUGAAUCAUGAAGGGCAUUUCCAAUUCACAGAGGGCAUUUCUCGUUCAAAAACAUUACAAAGGGGUAUAUCGCAGUGCAACAAUUACAAACCACAUGGCCCAUUGAACUGCAAGAGGACAUGGCAAUUGAAAUGCAUUAGUGGGGCAUGGCCCAUUGAAACACAUUUCAAAGGGUGCGUCAACACAUUUCACAGGGCAUUGCCCGUUAGUUUAAAAACAUAAAUGGAAUAGUAGGCAAAUAGAUCAGUCUAUUGAGUGUAGCAAUAUAAUAUUGCAAUGGCGUGUUUAAAUAAAUAAAUGACAUGAAAAAAUGUACCACCAAAAUUAGUGCACAAAAUUAACUAUAAAUGGAUACAACUAUUUUAUAUUAAAUGUGUAGCCCACUCAGCACUUUUCAACUUGCUAAAUAAAAUGUUAGCUCCCCCCCCCCCCCCCGUAAUGAUCGUUUAAAGAAAGAUCCCGCCCCAAAUCACCACACGGCUCUUCCCAAGUAGCCACUCAUCCAUGCUGUGUGUCCCGGGUCUGCCCACACAAAUCUGCAACGUCAUCAUUCGUAGCAGCCAUGAUCCAUCCACUGCUGGAUGAAGGCCUCAUCAAGUCGCCGCCACAUCUCAUGGUCUCGUAAUGCAACAAUGCAUCCAGUCAGCCGCGCACGAGCUGAUUUCAUUGUUCCAUCUCCGCAUGCGACUUAAGAACAUAUCAUCAAGCUUCACUGAUGCUAACCUUUAAGUAAAUUUAAAGUAUUUUUCUCACAAAUUCAGAAUUUGAACUCAGGUGGGAGAGCCCCGGUACACACAGCCAUGUCAUAUAGCUGCUCGAGCAGACCUGUGUGCGCUUUGUGUUGCGUCGCUCAUCAACGAGUCUGCUUUUAGAUAACAACUAUUUGUUUUAACAAAUGUGUGUAGUAAUUGAAAAUCAAAUUGCUAAUGGUGACUUAAAAGUUUAUUUCAGUUUUGCUUCCGAAUUGGUGAUUUUUAUUUUCUAGAGAAUAUCAUUGAUAAUAGGUCAGAUGUUUCAUAACUCAUCUGAUAACCCUUGUUUUAUCUCGUCAAAUAGAGAAAUCCCAUCCCAUCUUAGCAAAUCCAAUGCCCUUGUCUUGUCCGAUAUGGAAGACUCAUCUCAUCCAAUACAGAACUAUCGUCACGUCGAAGCUGAUACAGAAGCCUUGUUUCUUCCAAUGAAGAAGCUUUAACUUGUCCAUUACAGAAUACCCGUCUCAUCUCAUUCAGUACGGAACAUCACAACUGAUCACAUCACAACCUUCGCAUCCAAUACAGAACUUCCAACAUGAGCCUCUUCAAAUGUAAUGGCGUAUCGGAUUUUAAAGGUUUACUGACGGUUGAAUUUAGGGUGGAGUGUUGUAGAAUGUCCUUGCAUGCAAUCAACCUAGUAGCUUAGGCUUUUAAGUGACACACAUUGAAACAAAUAAUUAAGAAACACAAAUAGUUAUAUCUGAUGAUGCAACUCAAACACACUUGCAGCUCUUGUCGAGAACUUACACCCUUGGACCGUGUGACCUGGACUACCCCGCAUGCAUCUGAAACCUUAUUUGUGGGGAGAAAAUGUUUUCAAUUUCAUUUCAAGCGCAGUUUAUUGAUGUCACUGAGGUGGCGUAUGAAAAGUCAGGCUGUUGUGCCCGAUUGACUUCACUACAGUACUCCUGGAAGUUACUUUAAAGUCUUCAUCCCUCACUAUUUCAUAUACAACAGCCCAGGACACACAGCUUGGAUGUGUGGCGACUAGAGAAGAACUGUGGUGUUUGAGUGGCGUCUUGUUUUAGCGAAAGUCUAUCAUAUCAGGCCUUAUGGAGUGUAUUGCUGUGUGAUAAACCAAUAAAAAGGCACCUGAUUGAAACAAA